AUGGAGAACUCGGUCGAGAGCUGGUGGGUGCUGCCCCUAACCUUGAUCCCGGCCAUCUCCGGUGGCCAACACGACGGCAGCACCACCACACUAGCUGCCAUAGCCAGUAGCUUCGCCUACCUCGCCGUCUUCGCGUUCCUCGCGUGGGCAGCCGCUGCCCUGCUCUACUGGGCACACCCGGGCGGCCCUGCAUGGGGUAGGUACUGGAGGAAAAGGGGCCAGAGCGUGUCCGGACGUGUGCCGAUCCCGGGCCCGAAAGGGCUUCCCGUCGUAGGCAGCCUCGGUCUCAUGUCCGGGCUAGCUCACCGCUCUCUGGCCGCCGAGGCGGCGCGCCGGCCCGGGGCCAAGAGGCUCAUGGCGCUGUCGCUCGGCCCUGUCCGCGCCAUCGUCGCGUCCCACCCGGACGUGGCCAAGGAGAUCCUCGACAACCCGGCCUUCGCCGCCCGCCCGCUCAACCACGCCGCCUACGGCCUCAUGUUCCACCGCUCCAUCGGCUUCGCCGAGCACGGCCCCUACUGGCGCGCGCUCCGUCGCGUCGCCGCCGGCCACCUGUUCGGCCCGAGGCAGGUCGACGCCUUCGCGCCCUACCGCGCGCGCGUCGGGGAUGACGUGGUCGCGGCCCUACGCGGUGGCGCCAGCGAGGGAGGCGUCGUGCAGGUGCGCGACGUCCUCCGGCGCGCGUCGCUCUACUACAUCAUGCGGUUCGUGUUCGGCAAGGAGUACGACGUGUCGUCGACGGCGUCGUCCGCCGGGGAGAAGAAGGGGGAGGUGGAGGAGCUGCUGGAGAUGGUGCACGAAGGGUACGAGCUCCUGGGCAAGGAGAACUGGUGCGACUACUUCCCGGGGCUCGCCGCCGUCGACCCGCAGGGCAUCGGAGCGCGGUGCGCCGAGCUAAUGCCGCGUGUGAACCGCUUCGUGCACGGCAUCAUCCGGGAGCACCGUGCCAAGGCGAUCGCCGGGGUAGAGGCGCGUGACUUCGUUGACAUAUUGCUUUCCCUGCAGGAGAGCGAGGGGCUCGCCGACGCCGACAUCGCCGCCGUGCUCUGGGAGAUGGUAUUCAGAGGAACAGACGCCAUGGCAGUGCUGAUGGAGUGGACCAUGGCGCGCAUCGUCCUCCACCGCGACGUCCAGGCCAAAGUGCACCGCGAGCUCGACAACGUCGUCGGCCGUGACAGCCACGUCACCGAGUCCGCCGUGCCAUCCCUGCCCUACCUGCAAGCUCUAAUCAAGGAGGCUCUCCGUGUGCACCCGCCGGGCCCGCUGCUCUCGUGGCGCCACAGGGCCAUCUCGGACACGUACGUCGACGGCCACCUCGUCCCCGCCGGCACCACCGCCAUGGUGAACCAGUGGGCCAUGAGCCGCGACCCCGAAGUCUGGGACGCGCCGCUCGAGUUCCGUCCCGAGCGGUUCCUCGCCGGCGGCGAGGCCCCGGACGUGUCCGUGCUCGGGGCCGACGGGCGGCUCGUGCCGUUCGGGUCCGGCAGGCGGAGCUGCCCGAGCAAGUCCCUGGCCAUGACCACCGUGACCGCCUGGAUGGCCACGCUGCUGCACGAGUUCGACUGGAUGCCGGCGGGCGCCGCUGCCGGCGUCGACCUGUCGGAGGUGCUCCGCCUGUCGUGCGAGAUGGCCGUGCCACUCGAGGUCAGGGUUCGCCCGAGGCGCCAGUUGUGACGCUGCUGCUGCAACCUGAAGGUUUGUCGCCGCCAUGAUCGAUCGACUUCACCGUGUAGUUCGUAGCCAUGACCCCUGUCUGCGCUUCACGACAGUGAAUAAGCUGAGCUGCUGGUAUAAAAUGUGCACCAGCUCAGCUCGUAUUUGGUUCAGAAUUUCUAACUUGUGUGAUGUUUAUGUACGUGCCAUCAGGUGUGACCGUGUGAGUAUAAGGUUCCUCACGGUGUACAAAUUACCAAGA